AUGUCUCAAGAUCAUGUCCAUGAUCAUGCAGCGAGCCCGGAACCCCACCAUAUGAUGAUGCACGCCAUGUCUUUUCAUUUUGGAUCUUCAGAGACCAUUCUUUUCGAUUUCUGGAAGACUUCGUCUCCUCUGGGUAUGUCCUUGUGUAAUAUAGUCUUGACAUCUCAGGUCUGAUUGUGUCUUGUUUCGUCGUCUUCUUUGGUUGUGUUGGCUACGAGUCCUUAGCUUGGAUGUUGAUUCAUCGACGGAAUUCUCGGGUAUUAAUCGAGAGUCAAGUUCCGAUUACUGGAAGGAGAAAGUAAGUUUUAUUUUUACGGGAUAAGUACUCCAAGUGCGACGCUCAGGUUUUGAUGAAACUUGGCACAAAUUUAGACUAAUUUUUCUACAACAUAUCCCGGGAAACUUUUCCAGCUCGCUUUUUGCGGAAAUGACCGAGAUUUUUAGGUCGAAAGUUGGCAAAAAUGUCACACUUUUCGACGAAUUUUGACACGAAAAGUUUCCCUAUUUCACUGUUGAGAGAAAAACAUGCUUCCACAAAAAAUUAUUUUUUUUCGCGUGAAACUGGUAAAAAUUGUGGGGCUCGGUCCGGCUGCGCACGCCCCUCGCCCGAGGUCUAUAAAAUUGCCAAUUUAUUAUCCGGAGCCGCUGCAGAACGUGAAAGAACGCGGGAUAUUUAAAUUUUGUUCAUCUUUAAAGUACUUUUGUAUUUGUUUAAUUGAAAAAAAUAUUCAAGUUACAAAAGUGGUUAAAAUAAUGAAAAGACAUGCAACGAAAAGUGUUUUUGUCUUAUUGUUAGACUGCAGUCUGCUUUUCGCACGUACUCCCGGCCGCAAUUCAUUGUUGAAUAUCCCGGUUGCGCCUGCAAAGAGCGAGCAAAAAGAUUCAUGCGUUGAUUGAUAUGUAACCCGUGCCAGAAGUGUGCGAAAAAUUUAAAGAAAAUCUGAGCGUCGCACUUCAAACACUUAUUGUUAAUCGAUUCAUGUAAUUGUGGUGUUAUAUCAGACACGAACAUACUUAUUUUGAUCUGUGCGAGUUCAAUUGAAUUACGAUUAAGUUAGUUUUGUUGUACUUUAAUAUAUUUAGGCGAUAAAUGUAAGGUCUGAUUGAGUAGUUAUAUUCGAAAUGAGAAGAAAUGGAAAGAAAUGGUGGUUUUAUUCACCCACUUGACGGUCUCGUCUUUAUGAGACGAUAAAAAUAAACAGCGUUACCUGCAAAUACAAUAUAAACUUUUCUGUUUAUUUAAAAGGAAGUGUAACAAUCGAUGACGAAGACUGGCAAUAUAUGUCGACAUUAUUUUUAGAAUUGACAUCGGUUUGAUUGUGGACACCCUGAUCCAUGGACUCCAACUAUUCUUGGGAUACUGUGCCAUGUUGAUCUUUAUGACAUUUAAUGUCUGGCUUUGUUUGGCUGUUAUCUUCGGCAUCAUCUUCGCUCAUCUCGGCUUCAGAAUCCUUUAUCCUCAGCUUGAUUCUAUCCCGCAAACUCCCGCAGAUCCAUGUUGUUAG